CCUAUCUCAUGGACAUAAAAUCCAUCCCAAGUAAUCAUAUACAUACCUCUUUGUAUGUAACAUUAGUAACAACCCAAAAACAAAAAAAAUGAAUGCACUCAAAAACCUUGCAACUUUUUCAUGCUUCAUCAUAGCAAUCCUAGCCGUUACGCGACUUUGUAAUGCGCAAAAUUCACCACAAGACUAUGUUGAUGCUCACAAUGCAGCUAGGGCUGCCGUGGGUGUUGGUAGCAUACAAUGGGAUGACCAAGUGGCGGCGUACGCCCAACAAUACGCCAACCAAAGAAUGGCUGAUUGUGCUUUGCAACAUUCUGGUGGGAAAUAUGGAGAAAAUAUUGCUCAAGGUGGCGGUGACUUCACCGGCACAGAUGCAGUAAAAUUGUGGGUGAAUGAGAAGGCCAAUUACGACUAUAAUUCAAAUUCAUGUGUUGGCGGGGAAUGUUUGCACUACACUCAAGUGGUUUGGCGUAACUCGAUUCGUCUUGGAUGUGCUAGGGUUCAAUGUAACAAUGGAGGUUAUUUCAUUGGUUGUAACUAUGAUCCACCAGGCAAUUACCAAGGCGAAAGACCUUACUAAUCUUUUUGGUAAAAAAUGCAUGACGACUCAUAUAUCCUCUAAGAGAGCCUUGGAACUAUAUAAUAUCUACUUCGUAUAUCUCUAUUAUUUGUUGAAAGUAUACUUUAAAAUCAGCUUACUAGAGCAUUCAGUGAUAUUCACUACUUGAUUAUGUAUCAAGGUAUGUGGUAUCAAUGUAUGUUAUAAACAUAUGUAUGCAAGAGAAGAUCAAAUGAAUAAAGUGCAACUUAUUUACAAUUAUCAUA